CCACCAUGCGCACACAAUGCAGCGAUCCAUCUGCCACAGCAUCCACCGAUAGCCCACGUGACCCCUCCAUCCCAUCCAGUCAUUGGCAUCUCUGUGGGGCGAUCAGCCCUCCACCGCCAACCGGCCUCCUCUCCUGUGGCAUGAUCUCGGCGAGUCGGUGCCUGGUCAGCAGAUGGCGGGUCGACACACACACACACACACAGAGACGCACCAGUGCCAUCCAUGCACUCGAGGCAUGCAUCUUGUGUCUCUUCCCCACCACGGCUCACUUGUGUGCGUCUCCUCUACUCUGGUAUGAGGUCGGCGAGCCCAUGUUUGAUCAGGAGGGGGCAGGCCAACGCAGCCACUCCCCCUGUCGACUGGCCAGACAGAAACAGCCACUCGAUCUCUGCCUCGGUCGUGUAGAUGUCGAUGCGGCCAACGCCCACGUGCAGAUCGGCGGCGAAGGUGUCAUCCUCCUUCAUGCCCUUGAGGAUGAUGUGUCGCUCCCGAUCGAAGCCGAUGAAGUCGAUGGUGGUGUGGCCGUCGAUGGGAUCGGUCAGCAGCGACCGAGACUGUCCACGUAGAAUACUUCCUUCCCGCCCACCCCCUCUUGAGCACACCAAUCCCUCAACACCACCCACUUCAUGAAGGCCGUGAACGAAGGGAACUCGAAGAAGACUGGGCAGUGUGAAUCUUCAAGAUAGCGGAUGGGCGGGUUGUGGGGGUCGUAUGUCUCACGGAAGCGAUGCUGGGGAGGUAGGGCGGACAGCGGCACCGUUUCGAAGCGACACUCGUGCUCGCCGCCCCCCCUCCCGAUGCAAUACCACUGCCGUGUCACCCCACCGCCCCCCUCGUCCCCCUCCUGUCCUUCCUCCUUCUUGUCCUUCUUGCUCUCACCAGUCGGGUCCUGUCCAUCUUCUCGAGCGCCAGGCUGGUGCCCUUGUAGUUGAGGAGGUGGCCGAAUGUGCUGUACUGGCGAAGGGCGAGGGGCAUGGUGUGGAAGUCGGCCUUGGUGGGCAGGUGGGCCGCCAUCCACUGCGCCGACAUGAUCAGCGGCAGACCAGUCGAGGGCGUCAGCUUGUAGAUGUCGGCCAGCCGGAUGAAGUCGGGCCACUCACACCACAGCGCCCCGCCCUGCUUGAGUGCAUAGUAGCACUGGCACAGAUGACCGAAGUGCGCACUGCUGGUGGUGCAACUGCUACUGGUGGGAGUUCAUCAUGAUGGAGGCGACGGCACUCACCCACUGCCACCCAGUAGACGGCUGCACAUACACACACACACACACAGACACACACAGAGACGCUGGGGGGAGACGGAUCAUUCAUCGUGUGUGUGUGUGUCUUUCUUCUCUUUCUGACCUGCAGUGUGUAAAUCUCCAUAUCGGCAGCCGGGAAGUUGACGCUGGAGGCCAGCAUGGCUGCGCCCUCGUUGUCGAUGGUCCCGACGUACGUCUUGUCGUCGGGCAGCUCCUUAUUCCACACCCACACCUGGCAGCUGCGAAGAUCGCCUGCCGGGCCGUGAUCGCCAAGCCCCAACCACAGGCGGCCCUGGGCGAUGCACACCUUGCCGCAGGGCAUACCGUCAUCGUCCGUCACCGCCCCCUGUGUGCCCGCCACCUCCACACGCUGCGCGUCCUCGGGCACCUCGAUCUUGGUGAUGCCGUCGCCCUCAAACGCGCCACGCACCGAGAAGAGCGACACACCACAAGGGGUCAU